UGCAGGAACGCCAAGCUAACAUCGCAGCCGUGAAAGCAGCCACUCAGAUGUUGGGAUGGGUGAGACAACAUCCGUGCAGUCAAUAUCACGUACAUGGAAGUUUGUCUCUUCACCACGUGGAGCGCGGUGAGAGCGGCUGUCUUCGUCUCCACGGCAGCGAACGAUGCAGAAAGCAUGAGAGGGAGGUUCGCAGCAGGGCAGGGCGUCCGGGUUAUAAGGACCACCCUCGCCGCCGCUGCCGUGGACCGUGAGUCCGUGACACUUGUGACACUUGACACUCGUCCCCAACUUGCACCUCUACGCCUCUGUACACACCCUCCAGGCCAAAACCAAACCAACCGGCCCUCAGCCAACCCAUACUACAUAAUCAUAAUAAUCCCUAGUUAAUAGCCACCGCCACCACCGCCACCAUGAAGCUCACCCUCCUCCUCCCCACCAUCCUCACCCUCCUCACCCCCCUCACCACCGCCCAGGAUCAAGACACCAACCAAGGCCCCUCCUGCGGCCGCCGCAACACGGUGCGCUACUGCGCCGGCACCAACUACACGGCCGAGCUCCUGCAAGACUACCUCUGCGGCGACGCGCGCCUGGGCCCCACCCACCUGCCCGCGCCGAGCGACGACGAGCCCGUGGCGCGCGCGCUCUCCGUCGCCGUCGCCGGCUACGACCGCCUCGGCGGCCUGUGCCCGGGCGCCUUUCUGGAGCGCUGGUACGACGACGAGACGGCUAGCUGGCGCUACCCGCCGCAGGACGGGUUUUUGAUGGCGGACCCCGAGGGGGGCCCCCAGGCGGGCGUGCCGGGGCUGCCGAUCCGCGCGAAUGUCACGCUCGCGCCGGAGACGUUGCUGGAUCGCUUCGGCAGCGAGUGGGGGUCGUUUGUGAGCCCCGUGGGCGCUCCGUUUGUGCAGAGGGCGCUGCCGCCGGGGAAUUUGGUGGCGGGGGAUCCGGAGUUCCCCUACAACUACCACGUCUACAGUGUCGUGAAGCCGCUGGUGGUGUCGGCUGGGCCGAUUGCGGCGUGGUUUGGACAGGCCGGCGCGGGCGUGCAGUACAAGCUUUACGACAGGGUUAACACGCUCAUCACGGACGGAUACCUGCGCAGGGAGGACCCGUCGGUGCUGUUUGACUGAGUCCUGGGGGGUGGAUGCCGCCCUGAUCUAGGGGAUAUGUCACUACCAAUUUAAUUUGAACCUGCUGCGUUCUCUCACCA